AUGACUACAAUGAAGAAUCCUAAUUCGUCGUCUUCUAAACUCGCAAUUCUUAGUCACAUUAAGUACGAGCACCUGGUAGCUGGCAUAUCAGGUGGUGUUACAUCAACGUUAAUUCUGCAUCCGUUAGAUCUAAUCAAAAUUCGUUUCGCUGUUAAUGAUGGAAGAACUGCAACCGUUCCUCGUUACGAUGGUCUCAGUAGUGCUUUUGUCACCAUUGUCAAGAAGGAAGGAGUCCGAGGCUUGUACAGAGGCGUCACACCUAAUGUGUGGGGCUCGGGAUCUGCUUGGGGCUUUUACUUCUUAUUUUACAAUGCUAUAAAGACUUGGAUUCAAGGUGGUAAUGCUCGAACACCACUGGGCCCGGGUCUUCAUAUGUUGGCGGCUGCACAGGCCGGGGUGCUGUCGUUAGUCAUGACCAAUCCUAUAUGGGUGGUUAAGACUCGUUUGUGUCUUCAAUACAGUGAGGAACAUAAUAUCGCUGAUAACAAACGCUACAGGGGAAUGGUUGACGGCUUGAAGAAGAUUUAUAGGACGGAGGGUGUUAGGGGAUUAUACAGGGGUUUCAUUCCCGGUAUGUUCGGCGUCUCCCACGGAGCCCUGCAGUUCAUGACCUACGAGGAGAUGAAGAAUAGGUACAACCAAUACAGGAAUCUACCUAUUGAUAUAAAAUUGACUUCAGCCGAAUACCUAACAUUCGCUGCGAUAUCGAAGCUGAUAGCAGCCGUGGCGACGUACCCCUACCAGGUGGUGCGAGCUCGUCUCCAAGACCAGCACCGCGUGUACAGCGGCGCCUGGCACUGCGUCACGGAGACCUGGAGACAUGAAGGCUUGCUGGGUUUCUACAAAGGUCUCAAACCGAACUUGGUCCGCGUCGUCCCGGCCACAAUGAUAACUUUCCUUACAUAUGAGAAUGUCUCACAUUUUAUGCUGAGACGUGAACAGAAAAUUAAACUACCCUCCUGA